AUGAUACUAAAAAACAAGAUUGUUUAUUGUUUUGUUGCCUGUCUUUUUGCAGUUAGUCAUAGUAAUGCCUUAGAUAUUGAUGUUCUUAUUACUUAUAUUAAUGGUCUUGAUACUAUAUCAUUAUUUACACCAUCUUUUGUUAAUGCAAGUAUUGGAGAUAAUAUAAUAUUUCAAAAAAACCCAUACUCUACCGGAAAUUUUCAAAUUAUCGAAGGUGAUGUGAAAGGGUCUUGUGUAAAAUCUACAAAAUCUGAUGCAUUUACUGCAGAAUUAUCAGAUGCCAAAACAACAGCUAAAUUACCACUAGCAAAGUCUGGUACAUUUUUUUUCUUUGAUGCAGAUAUCGAAAGGUGUAAAAAGGAUUCUAGUUCUUCUAUGUGUGAAAUUAGUACCGGAAAAGGUAAAAAGGUUAACAAGAACAUAGAGUUUGAAAAGGUUACAGUGUUUGACAAGAUUAAAAAUAUUAAAGAUAACUCGAUCGCUUUUAGAGUUAGAAAAUUUAAAGAAAAUCUCGCAGCACAUCGUAAACAAUUAGUAAUUGAUGUUUUACACCCCAACAAACCUCGUUUAUCAAAUCGUGAAAUUCAAAAUCAAAUUUGUAAAAUGUUUGGAGUCGACAAAGAUGUUGUCUUUGUAUUUGCUAUGAGAACUACAUAUGAUGGUAAUCGUUCUAAUGGGUUUGCAUUAAUAUAUGAAGAUGCUGAACUUGCUAAACAAUACGAGCCUCGACACAGGCUUAGAAAAAAAAAAUGCAAAAUGCGCUUAAAAUGCUCUUCUCACUAUCUUCAAUUGCAUCAAUUGACAAAAGUAGUUAUUUCAUGUGAAUUUUUAGAUGACAGCGAGUGA